GGCCUCCGGGGAACUCACUUCACGGUUUAAAAAAUAGCACCGUAACUUGGUGGGCGUUAUCCUCGUAAUGUCUCUGCGUGAGAAAUACAAGGUGUGGCGUGUGAGCGUGUGAACGGGUUGAAAUGCGUGGGUCUCACGCCCAAUGCGUGAGACUUGAGAGCCAUGGAAUGUCCAUGAACAGUGAUGUUUUCUCUUGUGUAAUCAUUCAAUAGAGUCAGAAAACUAGUCCAAAUGCCGUUCAGGAAUGCAGCAGUGAGGCUACGUGAUGGACGCAUGACGCAGCGCGUCUAUUGGCUGUUUAAACUCCAGCGCGUCCGAUUGGCCUGAGACGAACUUUAGGAGUGAUGGAACAGGACGUGAGAAUUUAAUUAAGUCUGAACAGGUCGAGAAUAUACUACGUGAACUGACCCAGGGCCGCUGCAUGGGUGCUUUCACUUGCAUUGCCUAUCCACUGAACCCGUGAAUGAGCACUUUUUACGCCUGGGUUUAUUUACUGGCACGGGAAGCAUGCACCUUGCGCUUCUGCUGACUCUGGGCUUCGGGUUCGCGUUUGCGUGUCAGUUGCCCAGCGAGUGGAGACCACUGAGCGAGAGCUGUCGAGCUGAACUCGCCGAGAUUAUCGUGUACGCCAAGGUGCUGGCCAUCCACGAGGAGCCGUACGCGUCAAGUCUUUACAAUUACCUGCCGUACCAGAAGCACGAGCGCGCGGAGGACGCGCUGCUGUACGCGGCGGAGGUGGAGCUGCUGUGCGACCAGGCGUGGGGCAGCAUGCUGGAGGUGCCCGCGGGCUCGCGCCUCAACCUCACGGGACUCGGGUACUUCAGCUGUCAGUCACACACGGUGAUGGAAAACAACUCCUACAUUUUCUUUCUCAGGAUGGAUGAAAACUACAACAUCCUCCCUCAUGGAGUUAACUUCCAGGAUGCCAUAUUCCCUGACACACUAGAGAACAGACGACUGUUUUCCAGUCUCUUCCAGUUCUCAAACUGCUCUGGUGGACAGACAAUACACAACUUUAAUAGUGAUUGGGAGAGCCAGGAAGACAGCAGGCUGCUGUGUUCCUCCGUGCAGAAGGUGUUGUUUGAGGAGGAGGAGCGGGUGGGACAGCUUGAGGAGCGCGUGGCCGAGCUGGAGAGGAGGAACGACCGGUUAAAAGAGCGAGUGGGGAAACUGAGGCAUUCUCUGAGGAAGGCCCGAAAAGUGUCCCGCCGUGCUGAACGGGAGUACCAGGAGCUGCAAGAGCGCCUGAAGACAGCAGAGAGACACGUAGGACAUCACAUCAAUGCCAUUUCACCCCAACACAGCCCUCCACGCUACAGAUAUACACACGGACUGUGAGCUCCAACACACACACACAAGGACACAAACAGACGUUUCCACAGUUUUUAGCAAUUAAUUAAGCCCCAAAUGUUCGGUGUAAACUUUUUGUACAUAAUUUAAAAUGUUGAUAUUGAUAAAGUAAACGUAAACCUAAUAUGCUAAAUAUGCUAAUUCAAGAUUUUAGUGUAAAAAGUGAAUAGUUAAGGAACUGUUUCUAAUCUGACCCAUAAAAAUGACUUUUUAGUGUAGCCUAAUGUAAUAUUUUAGAGUUUGAGUUUGAAUUAAAUUAAUUAAUUUUGAUGUUACCACAUAAAAUAUUUUUUUUUUUUAAAGAUUUAAAUGUUUACAGUGUAUUACUUUUGAAUCUUAAAGGGACAGUACACCCAAAAUUCUGUCAAUAUUUACUCACCAUCAUCGCAUUCCAAACCAUUUCUGUCAUCUUCUGAACACAAAAGAAGAUAUUUUGAGGAAUGAUGAUAGUUUUUUUUACAGUGGGAACAGAAACUGUUUAGUUACUGACAUUCUUUGCCAAUUCUUCUUUUGUGUUGCACCAAAGCAAAAAAUUCAUGCAGGUUUGGAACAACAUGAGUGAGUAAAUAAAGACACCCUUUAAAUCUUAAAAUCAGUAUAUAACUUUAACAUACACUGAUGAACUGUUUACACAUUCAAAAUACAACUGACAGUGAAGUACAUUAAGACGAAAGUUUGCAAAGUCUUAAAAUAUUCAAAAUGUAACAGGAAGUAGUGAUGUCAUCAUUACAUUUACAUACUGACUUAUGAUUGGUCUGACUUACCUGAAAGUAUUUUUGUUCAUCUUUAGUUUCGUUGUACAUUGUAAAACUCAAACAAAAUGCAAUG